AUGGUUACGAAACUUCUGGUUCGACUGCAGCUCUGGGACACAGCCGGCCAGGAGCGGUUCCGCAGUCUGAUUCCCAGCUACAUCCGUGACUCCACUAUUGCUGUUGUAGUCUAUGAUAUUACAAAUUUGAACUCUUUUCAACAGACUUCCAAAUGGAUUGAUGAUGUACGGACAGAAAGAGGAAGUGAUGUCAUCAUUAUGCUGGUUGGGAAUAAAACGGAUCUGGCUGACAAAAGGCAGGUUUCAAUGGAGGAAGGAGAGCGGAAAGCCAGGGAACUGAAUGUGAUGUAUAUUGAAACUAGUGCUAAAGCAGGAUAUAAUGUCAAGCAGGAAAAUUGUGGAAAUAUGGAAUGCUCUUCCCCAGUGAAGUUGAGGUUUGUUAAACUAAACUUUAAAAAUUUGAUGGCUUUUUGCUAGAUCAGGAUGCUCAGGAAUAAAGAACUGAGGCAGGUUCAUGGAUUUAAAUUGGAGAGCAGCCAGGAUCUAAUUGAAUGGUGGAACAGGCACAUGGGAUGGCCUACUCUUGCUCCUACAAAAGAUGCUUAUCAUAAGAAUUUGAUCAGAUGUUUAUAUAUUUUUCCUCACUUUUGUCUGAAUUUAUUUGAAGAUAGGUGAAGAAAAUGUUAAGUUUCUUUGCUUACAUUAUUGGGAUGUUGCCUUUUUUCAUGAGACUGUCUCAUCUCCACUGCACUAACUAAUGAAUAUGCAGUUUUGAGUUAUCUCACCAUGUCCUGACAAUGUCCAAAAGUUAGUAUUAAUUGGGUAAAUUUUGCUAUAAGGUUCCAUGGGCAGUGAAUGAAUUAGCAGAUCAAUCAAUUACCUAUUUCUUUUGAGGAAGAAAUGUUGUGCUGGAGACCAGAAUACUCUACUCUUGUUUGAACAGUACCACAAUCUUUUGAGCAGGCAGAUGAAGCCUUAGUUUAACAUCUCGUUGGAAGGACUGUCUCUGAAAAGGCGUACAUUCAUAACCAUAUUUCAGUGUAGUUAAGCAUUCACCAAUCAAGAAUUGUGUAAAGGUCUGCUUAGUAUUAUGAACAUUAGCAUUUUGAUCACACUGCCUUCUUAAUUUAAAAACCAUCAGUCACUAAUAGUGACAGCUCUGCCAAAAGACCAGCCUUGACAAUUAAACUAAAACUGCUCAAAAAUAUAUGUAGAUAUGAGCUCACAAAGACAAACGUUCUGGGUUUUUGUUAUCAGUGUUGAGUCCCCACAUUAAAGACUCCUGUUAGGACAUGGGAAUUGUAGUGUGUGUUGGUGUUGAGUAUCAGUUUAAAUUCUUACCCAGGAGGAGGUGAGUUGCUUUAUGGGAUGUUGUCUGGGUCUCAAAUAGACUUUUGGUAAACUGUUUUUAAGCCUUGCCUAGCUUCUUAUAAAGCACCACUGUUAUCAAAUUUGGGUAGAGAAUUGUUUCAGUUCUUUUCCCCAUUUUGGAUUUCCACAUGAUUCUUAAGGUUCCUAUUUGUGAAAGUUGUGUAUUUAUGUAGAUACUCAACACGACAUGUUAUAUAAUUAUCCAAAUUCCUAAAUAUUUGUUGGUCUAAAUAUCUAUGCAAAAAUUAUGAUCUAGCUGGGAGGAGUUACUGAAAAGCAAGGUAGCUGGAUUUAAAUCAAUGGGUACAAUAAGGAUAAGGUUGAAGGCUGGGAGGAAAGAAAUACAAAGCUCAGUCAAUGCAGUACUAGGAAACUGGAUUAUAUCAAUGGAAAUACAUGGUUGAA